CUCUUCCUUGCGUAAUCCACACCCAGUUGGGGUCUGUGGGGAAGUCGGAAGCCUACUCAAUCCGCCUUGCUCAGCUCGCGCCAACGCGGGGUGACGCAAGCUCCGGUUGCUGGCCCUGCCUCGCCUGUCGUCAGCUUCCCUUCUGCAAGCCAAGGUAAGACAGGCACGCGGCCCAGCUUGUGCCACACCAACCCGCACUGCUCGCAAUCCUAGCCUUCGCACACUCGUCCUGUGCGAUCCCACCGCAAUCCCCUUUGACGACCAGUCUUGGGAAAUGCUGGGUGCAUGUUGCAGAACCAUGUGUAUCUAGCGGCCAGCAUGGUCCAAGCACCGCAAGCAUCACAAGCAUCACGAACAGACCGAGGCGCCUUAUCCCGUCGACCGUGCCACCUCUGAUCUCGCCACCUCUCGUCAGUCAGCUUCGUCGCCGGCGAUUGCUCCAAGCAGCAAUAAUCCGAAGGGCACGCCUGGUCAGCUCGGGCCCGAAGCCCAAAACGUUUACAGCAAACAGGCCUGCCAGGGCUACGUCGGCCCCGCUACAAUGGUAACCCGCAAGCCAAUUCCCGACAAUGCCUCCCUCGAGUCCCCCAUGACGACAAGGCCCGGGCCCUCGGACGAAAGACGUCAGAUGUGGCCGGGAACAGACGGCUCGUCCAGCCCGGAAAACAUCUGGGGCGCCGAGCAAUCUCAGCACCAGCCGACGCCGAGUCCUGGUCGUGGCUCCGACGGCGGAAGCACGAGCAUGGCCACAGUCAUCUCCGACCCGCUUCAGUCCGGGGUCACCCCUCCCGGACCGCCGUCCGCCAGCAAGUACUCGGCUUUUGCUGCGCCCUCGGACGAGAAUGUCUGGAGUGACCACACAUCGAUGUCGCUCACUGCAGACCGCACUGGCGGUAGCGCCGCCAAUCUCAUUGCCCCGGACGCUCUCAGGCCUGGGGCCCACAGGGCCGAGACCAACCCGUUCAAGCGGAAGCCCACUCCCAACUCUGCGGCACACAGCAGUGACCAGCCUGCGUCGACUCCUCUAAUCCUGACCGAACCGCCGACGCCUCCAACUGCCCCAUUCUCCCAGUUGAAUAUCUCGAACGAUGCGAGUAAGAAUCCCUGGGGGCCCGCCCUCGAUGAUAAGUCGCCACAGCAGCCACCACCGCAGCCACUGGCGGCGACGCGGUUGGCGGAGCAAGACGAACUGGGAAAUGACGUCUGGACCUCGGCCAACGUGUCUGCCGACGCAUCCAGGAGGCCAUCAGACAGUAAUUUCACAGGCUCGCCGUCCUUAAUCUCUUUCCCUACGGAGGAAGAUGGUUCCGCAGCUUGGGACGAGGUAGUAGCACCACCGAAGCCACGUGCACCCGUCGGGGCUACUGUGGUUGAGGAAUAUGAGGACAGACACGCAUGGGACGAGGUUGGCGGCGACAAAGCCAAAGGCAAAGCUCCGGAGCAGCCGCCGGCUGCAUCCGCCCAGGACCUGGCCUCUAGUACUGGCCACGGUAGCGACUGGAACUUUGUCGACCAUGACCCGCAACCUGGACAGUUGUCACGGCGAAGCACAUGGGAAGAUUUCGAAGACACACCGCAGAAACUUCGUGCAGAGAAUAACGCCAAAAAUACAAUGAAGGAACUCCACGAGACCCCUCAAAGAGCGCCUGCUGAGACCCUGAUCGAUGUCUCUGAGGGGUCCCAUGGCGAGCCGCAAGGACAGCCCGGGCCCCCACCACCGCCCAGGACGUCGAGCGCAGCGGCUCCAUCACAACCACCCCGACCUGUUGACGGAAAGGCUGAGACGUAUCAGAUCAAGAAUAUCAACUGGUACGACGCCAGCGCGAGUUCUAACCCCCGGACUUCCCCGAUCCUCGUCCAGAACGAAAAUGGGCCAUGCCCCUUGGUGGCGCUUGUCAACGCCCUGACCCUGACCACGCCGGCAGGCGUGCAGACGGCAUUGGUGGAAACACUACGGUCCCGCGAGCAAAUAAGUCUCUCCUUCCUGCUCGACGCCGUGUUUGACGAGCUCAUGUCGCCGCGCAGGCUCGCCGAAGACACGUCGCUCCCGGAUAUCACAGAACUUUAUAGCUUUCUCAAGGGCCUGCACACUGGCAUGAACGUCAACCCACGAUUCGUACCUACAGCAGAAGUCAUCAAAGCUUUCAAGCGGACUUCUCUCACGCACAUUCACCCAACGGAGCGCAGCGACAACAUGAUCCCUGGAACUUUCGAGGACACGAUGGAGAUGCGGCUUUACUCUACCUUUUCUGUCCCGCUGAUACAUGGAUGGCUGCCACCGCCGGGCGACAUGGCGUACGAUGCCUUUGCGCGCAGAGCAGAGUCCUACGAGGACGCCCAGAACCUGCUAUUCCGCGAAGAGGAGCUCGAGGACCGAUUGAUGAGCGGCGGCGGCCACGGACAGGAAGGAGAGGGCCUGACGGAGGAGGAGCAGGGCAUAUACCAGGACAUCUUGACGAUCAAGUCAUUCUUGGCCGAGUCGGGAACGCAACUCACACGGCACGGACUCGAGGUCAUAACGGCGGCCAUGAAACCUGGCGCGGUUGCGAUUCUGUUCCGGAACGACCAUUUCUCAACGCUGUACCGCCACCCACAGACGCUGAGUCUUCUGACACUCGUCACUGAUGCGGGCUACGCAAGCCACGCCGAGGUGGUAUGGGAGUCCUUGCCAGACACGACGGGAGAAAACGCCGAGUUCUUUUCUGGCGACUUCCGUGUCGUCGGAGGUGCUACCCAGCACCAGCAGGAGACGAUGGGCCGCCCACCACAGCAGCAUCAGCGCUCUGUGUCGGAAGGCGGCGACAGGUGGACGGCGGUCACGGGUAGGAGAGAUCGGGGCAAUGGCGGCGGGUCUUCGGCGAUUGGGCCGACGAUGAGCCCCAACGACGGGCCGCCGCUGUCUCCCAGCUCCGAGCAAGAGGACCGCGACCUUGCGCUGGCGAUGCAGCUACAGGAGGAAGAGGACGAACAACAUCGCGCGGAGCAGGCGCGAAGGCAACGGGAGAGACAGCUGUCGGAGCAAUUUAUCGAACAGCAGGCGCGGAGAAAUAGCGCCGCGAGUACCAGUCCUGUCGGUGGUGCUGGGAACGAUGGGGCUUUCACUGGCGGUGGCUUGGUGUCGCAAAUUCCCAAUGCCCGCCGAGGCUCGAGCGCAGCUGGUCAGGCCCCUAUAACCUCUCCAGGCAACCAGGGGAGACGGGUGCACUCUGUUAGCGGCUCGGGGGGAGGGGGCAAUGGCCGUGGCAACGCGGCGUCGGAAAGGACACAGGUCCGGCCUCUCCUCACACCCGUGGCGGCGACGCAACGGGCGGCCGAUGCUGGAGAAGACGCGCCGCCACCAUCGUAUGAACAGGCGUCUAGGCAACAGGCCUAUAUCCCGCCAGAGGGGCACCCGAGCCAUCCUGCCAGCAGCCCGCGCGGCUCCACGGCCUCGGCCUCUAUAGCGGCCAGUUCGCCCAGAGCUAGUAAUACUGGCGUGAGGCAGCGGGGUGCAGUAGCCGGGACAGGGCCAUCCUCGUCGCAUUAUCCGGGCGCCCGGCCUAUGAGGCAGGGCGUCCCGCCUGCGAGUGGCAAUGCUGGGAGGGAUAGGGACUGCGUCGUCAUGUGACAGGCUGUGCGUCUUGCUUCCUCUCAGGCUGUGACUCAAGCAGCGCUCUUUUGGAUUAGUUUUAUCCUUUUUUUUACCCUCUUCACCUUCUCCUUGUCUCGGUUAUUUUUGGCGGCAUGCGGGGGAUGGAAAGAUCAAGUCAUGAUAUAUGGAGACUAGCAUCGGUAUGAAGCCGGGAAUGGGCAAUGAUAACGACUCUGGCCCAUGAGGCCGGUUUUGGGACAGGUGGUUGAAGCAGGCUAUGGUGGAAAUUACGUGAUAUGAUUUAUUACAUGAAUACUAGUAGCACUAUGCAAAGUCUGUAGAAUGAUGGCUGUUGCACGCAAAGACACGUGUCCGCCGCACCUUUUAC